AAAUAUUAAUUACUAUGUGAUCAAGCUGUUAAAGUUCAACCUGGGACAAGGAACACAGAUAGUAAAAUGAAAUCGGCAACCCAAUGAAAGAAGUCUUUGGUAGAUAAACUGAAACAAUACCACUACUCAGAUGAGAGAGACAGCCAACAGAAAUAGUCAAAUGAGGCACCUGGUCUUCCUGUAGAGAGUUAUGUAAGCGGAUAGUGGGUGCAGCCCCGGCUCUGUCAGCUCCUGACAAAUCUGCGAGGAUGGAGAAGAUGUCGGGUGUCGACCUGCACAUGGAGUCUUCAGAGGGAGGCCUGAAGGAGCUGGUGCUCAAGUGGUUCACCGAGACUCAGGCACUGCUCAUCCUGAGCCCUAACGGAAACUUCCCAGACUGGUUUCAAGGUUUUGCUGCACGAAAGGACACCGAAGAUCUACUGAGAGAUAAGGCUCUGGGCUGUUUCCUCAUUCGCCUCAGUGACAAAGCCAUCGGCUACAUCCUGUCCUACAAGGGUCUCGACAGGUGUCGCCAUUUUGUCAUCACCCAGAAUCCAGAUGGACAGUUCGUCAUAUCAGGAGACUGUCAGACAUACAGCAGUCUCACAGAGCUGAUAGAGCAUUACAAAGUCAGCCCCAUCCAGCCCUUUGGAGAAUACCUGACCUCCAGUUGUUAUGAGGUAAACACAGGUGAGCUGUAUGAUGUGGUGAAUUACAACGCCAAACAGAAGUCUGGGGUGAGUGUCCAAGCUCUGCGGACUCUCUGGGACCAAAAAGAUGAUCAUCACAGCGCCCCUGGCAACAAUCAAAGGAUUCAGCAGCAAAAUGACUCUCCUGCAGCUCAGCCACCUGCACUGCCAGCUAAAUCCAAAAGCAGAAAGCUGACAGGAGCAGUGUCUGUAGACGCAGUGUCCCUCUCACAGGUUAUUCCUCCAGUACCAAAGAGAGGCAUUCCUCUGGGCUUCUCCCUGAGUGGGUCUUUGCCCGAGACAACUUCGCAUCCGAGUGAAACCCAGACCGACCCAAACAGAUCGCAGAGACUCAGAGGAAACACAAACCCAGCGCUAAUGUCUGACAGGGACUCAUUUAACACCACUGACACGAGCUACCCAGGUGAUCUUUGUCCACCGGGGAUCACAUACUCUGAGCCGACUCAGAUGGAGAGCAGAAGCAAAUCUCUCCCAAGACUCAACAACAGCAACAUGGAGGAAGAGGAGGAUGACGAGUACUCGAACCAGCUCGGUAGUCCCGCUUUCAAAACAUCAACAUCUUAUUCUCCCACUCCUCCGAAGAGGGUCACCUGUCACACCUACUCCCUCCACGACCCCAGGGACAGUCCGCGGCCGAGCAGCUCCUGGUCAGAACAGCAGGGUGGCGACGUGGAAAUGUUGAAGUCCAACCCACUGUACCACACUGCGGAUGCGCCUGGAGGGAGUUCAGUUCAGCGGGGGGACGGCAUGUAUGCCGAGGUUCCCCAGAGACCGACACCCGCUGGGCUGCCCGAUGACACCUAUGAGCAGAUCCCCGGGGAGGCUGCGGUCGUCCAGGGCAACAUGUACGAGUCGCUGGAGGAUGUGAAGACCAAGAAGUCCAAAUCAACCUGGGGGAAAAAUAACAUGAAAUGGAAGAACUUCCUUCCCGAUUACAAGAAGAAAUAAAAAGGACUCAGCGACUGUUUAUUUUGUAAAUUGAGGCAAAAAUGAAAUGAGUAUUACAAAUAAAUCCCUUUUAUGAGACCAUUUUAUUAAGAAAGUCAUGUAGAAUCCAGAUGUUUAAACACUGCAAAAAAAUACUAUUUUACAUACAAAUCCAGCAGCAGUUAUCAUUAUGUAUAUUCUGUAGUUUUCGUUUACAUUUAAAAUGCUUUGUAAUAAACUAGAUUAAGACCAUUCUUUCUAUUAUUUGGAUUAUUAUUCACUUCCUGAAAUUGGUCUUUAUGGAAUUGUAGACAUUUUUGGAAGGUGAGAAACUAACUAACAGGGAAGAAAAUGACUUCAGGGACAUACAGGAAAUGAUGGUAAUGGUAAAUAAGAAAAAAUCUAGUUCUUCCUUAUAUAUUCCAUAAGAUCAGAGAGUUUAACAUGGCCUAUAAAAUAUUUUAGUAUUUUGUAAUUUUAUGGCUUACAGUUCUUAAUAACAUUGUGCUGGGAGGCGUGGUAAAAUCAAGCACAUGUACCCAAAAAAAGCUCAGUAAAGUUCUAAGAAAAAGUGCAUUCUUCUGUGUUUAUGUUAUAAAGGGGACCUUAAUCUAUGAUUUAAGCCAUUUGUUGUAAACAUUUCACACACUGUAAGGAAAUGUAUGAGGAAGUCAUUCAUGGAGACAGGAACUUGCUGCAUAACAGGAAUGACCCAGUAGAAGUAGUAAUAGUAUUAUUUUAGUUAUAGCAUGUUGUUCAGUAUUUCAUCAUUUGUUUAUUUUGUCAUUAAACCUUUUAAAACAUC